AUGCUUGGCCCAGUGCUGUCGUGCUGCCUGGGCACCUUUCUCGGUCAUCGUAUCGACGCUAACGGACUGCGGCACAAAGACCAGAACAUCAAGGCCGUCCGCGAAGCGCCUGAGCCCACUUCGGUGAGUGAGAUGAAAGCAUCUUUAGGUCUCGUCAACCACAAUGGCAAAUUCUUGCCGAACCUGGCCACCUUGUUGGCUCCGCCAUACGCCCUUCUUGCAAAAGGCUUCCGCGAUGCCACCUGCUCAGGUACCUGCGACAUGGCCAGCGACCCGGGAACUCUGGAGCCGUCUGGACCCGCGAACUCUGGAGCAGGUCCGGUAGACGGACACAUGGUCUUG